GUAUACAACGCUGAAGCGUUCUGCAAAUGAUAACAUGCAGAGGUUAUGUCAGCAUACGAAGUAUUUACUAAUUAUAUUUAACGAGUAUUAUAACGUACGAAUCGUAUUUCCCGUGAAAGAUGUGUUGCGCCUUCAGCAGUGGUUAAAAGAAAUGAAAAGGAAGGACUGGAAGCCAAACCGAAAUAGCACAUUGUGUUCAGCUCAUUUUACAAAUGACUGCUUUGAUAGGACAGGAUUCCUAAUUACAUUGAAAAAGAACAGUGUACCAACUAUAUUUGACAACCCAAAAUCAGAGUGUUCAUCUUGUCACCGAUUAAGGGAAUAUGGACGUGGCUAUUCAUUCUUCAAGUUCCCAUUGGAUGAACCUGAUAUUAUGAAGCAGUGGAUCGCAAAUUUUAACAUUGGACCGUGGUCUCCAUCAAGUGAUAGCUUUCUGUGUUCCGACCACUUUGAACCCUCUUGCUUUCAGAAGAAAAGUAAAAAUUAUAUAACUUUACGAAAAGGCAGUAUCCCAACGUUAUUUGGUAAAAACUUGCAGCAGACCGAAUUUCAGGAUGAAUCCGAUCGGCCCACCACAGUGAAUGUAACCAAAUUACAUGAGCACCUACACAUUUGUACCUGAUUUGCAUA